UUCAGGACCAAGAGCAGAAUUCCUCGAUUGUUUCAAACGGAAGAAAACUAAAACUGCUCGUAAUUACCAUUUCUGCCCUUCCCCCUCCCUCCCCAACUCGCCGUAGUUCGUAGCGACGCAGGAAGCCGCCGCGCCGUCAUCGCCGAGGCCCGAGGGCGAAGCCGCCACGAGGUCAAAGCAAUCACGAAGCAAACUGCGCGAAUCGCACAGGAGAGAAGGGAAACGGGCGGUAGAAGGCGAGAAGUUGUAGGCUGUUGCAACCAGCUAGCACAGGGUAGGUGACGAAGCGGGGAGGAGGCUUAGCGGAGCCAGUCCAAUUGGCCGGCGUGACGGCUGCCGAUCUCUCCGGCGGCGGGAUCCUCUACGGGAGCUGAGGGAUUCGUCGCCCCCUCCGAUCCGAGUCUGAUCUGCCCAUGGGUACUCCAGCUAACAUCAUUGUUGGUUCUCAUGUUUGGGUGGAGGACUCAACUCUAGCUUGGAUAGAUGGCGAGGUUGUCAGCAUAAAAAACAAUGAAGUUCACGUGCAGACAUCAAAUGGGAAAAAGGUUACUACAGACAGAUCAAAAGUUUUUCCCAAGGAUAUGGAAGCUCCGCCAGGAGGAGUGGAUGAUAUGACAAGAUUAUCAUACUUACAUGAGCCUGGUGUUCUACAGAAUCUUGCUACACGUUAUGAACUGAAUGAAAUAUAUACUUACACUGGUAGCAUAUUGAUUGCGGUAAACCCAUUUCAAAGAUUGCCACAUCUUUACGAUACCCACAUGAUGGAACAAUACAAGGGUGCAGAUUUUGGAGAGUUGAGUCCUCACGUCUUCGCAAUUGCAGACGUUGCUUACAGAGAGAUGAUAAAUGAAGGGAAAAACAACUCUAUAUUGGUAAGUGGUGAAAGUGGUGCUGGCAAGACUGAAACAACAAAGAUGCUUAUGCGAUAUCUAGCACACUUAGGAGGACGAUCUGGAGUAGAGGGGAGAACAGUAGAGCAACAAGUUCUAGAGUCAAACCCAGUUCUUGAAGCUUUUGGUAACGCAAAAACUGUGCGAAAUAAUAACUCGAGUCGCUUUGGCAAGUUCGUUGAGAUCCAAUUCGACAAGACUGGAAGGAUCUCGGGAGCUGCUAUCAGAACUUACUUGCUGGAAAGAUCCCGUGUAUGCCAAAUAAAUACUCCAGAAAGAAAUUAUCAUUGCUUUUAUUUUCUUUGUGCUGCACCACCCGAGGAUACUCAGAGGUAUAAGUUGGCUGAUGCUAGAUCUUUUCAUUACCUCAAUCAGUCAAGUUGUAUUGAGGUUGAAGGAAUUAAUGAUGCUGAAGAGUAUUUAGCAACAAGAAGGGCCAUGGAUAUAGUAGGAAUCAAUGAGGAAGAACAGGAAGCUAUAUUCAGGGUUGUAGCAGCUGUACUUCAUAUUGGAAACAUAAAUUUUGCCAAGGGAACAGAAGUAGAUUCAUCUGUGAUUAAGGAUGAUAAUUCCAGGUUUCACCUUAACACUGCAGCAGAGCUAUUAGAGUGUGAUUGCAAUAAUCUGGAAAAGGCACUGAUAACACGAGUAAUAGUUACCCCUGAAGAAAUUAUUACUAGAACACUUGAUCCUGAUUCCGCACUUGCUAGCAGAGAUGCAUUAGCGAAAACAGUAUAUUCCCGAUUGUUUGAUUGGAUUGUGGAAAAAAUUAAUGUUUCCAUUGGACAGGACCCAAACUCUAAGCAAUUGAUUGGUGUUCUUGAUAUUUAUGGGUUUGAGAGUUUCAAAGUUAACAGUUUUGAACAGUUAUGCAUCAACUAUACAAAUGAAAAGCUUCAGCAACAUUUCAACCAGCAUGUGUUCAAAAUGGAGCAAGAGGAAUAUACCAGAGAGGAGAUAAACUGGAGUUACAUUGAGUUUGUUGACAAUCAAGAUGUGCUAGACUUGAUUGAGAAGAAAGGUGGGUUGAUUGCACUUCUGGACGAAGCAUGUAUGUUUCCCAGAUCAACGCAUGAGACAUUUGCGCAGAAGCUGUAUACAACUUUCAAGAAUAACAAGCGAUUUGUCAAACCAAAGCUUUCUCGUACAGACUUUACAGUUGUCCAUUAUGCUGGCGAUGUGACAUACCAGGCUGAUCAUUUCUUAGACAAGAACAAAGAUUAUGUAGUGGCUGAACAUCAGGAUCUGCUGAAUGCUUCUUCAUGUCCUUUCGUAGCUGCUUUAUUCCCUUCACUCCCUGAAGAAUCUUCAAAGUCUUCAAAAUUUUCCUCUAUUGGGUCACGUUUUAAGCUGCAGCUUCAAUCUCUGAUGGAGACCUUGAGCUCUACAGAACCCCAUUAUAUUAGAUGUGUGAAGCCAAAUAAUCUCCUCAAGCCAGCCAUUUUUGAGAACACAAAUGUGAUACAACAACUACGAUGUGGAGGUGUUCUUGAAGCUAUCAGGAUAAGCUGUGCUGGGUACCCCACAAGAAAAACGUUUUAUGAAUUUGUUAAUCGCUUUGGUGUUCUUGGUCCUGAACUUCUAGAAGGAAGCAACGAUGAUAAGAUUGCAUGCCAGAAGAUUCUGGAAAAAAUGAAGCUGGAAAACUACCAGAUAGGAAAAACGAAGGUGUUUCUGAGAGCUGGACAGAUGGCUGAUUUGGAUGCACGAAGAGCAGAAGUGUUAGGAAAAGCAGCAAGAAUUAUACAGAGACUAAUGCGUACAUAUAUUGCACGGAAACAGUUUGUUUUGGUUAGAAGAUCAGCAACACAUAUACAGUCUUUUGUUAGAGGGACCUUGGUUCGUAAUAUGUACGAGUGCAUGAGGCGAGAGUCAGCAGCAAUGAAAAUACAAAAGAAUGUGCGUCGUCACAAAGCACGUGAAUCUUAUUUGCUACUGCAAGCAGCUGCAGUCACGCUGCAGACAGGCUUAAGGGCAAUGUCUGCUCGCAAAGAAUUCAGAUUCAGAAAGGAAACCAAAGCAGCUAUCCAUAUCCAGGCUAGAUGGCGAUGCCAUAGUGACUAUUCACAUUACAAGAAUCUGCAAGGAGCAGCUCUUACUUACCAGUGUGCCUGGAGACAAAGGCUUGCAAGAAGAGAGCUCAGGAAUCUCAAGAUGGCUGCGAGAGAAACAGGGGCCCUCAAAGAGGCCAAAGAUAAACUUGAGAAGCGUGUUGAGGAGUUAACAUGGCGCUUAGGACUGGAGAAGCGACUAAGGACUGACCUUGAGGAAGCAAAAUCCCAGGAGAUUGCUAAGCUGCAAGAAACAUUGAAUGAUACACAGCUGCAAGUUGAAGAAGCAAAGGCCAUGGUUCUUAAGGAAAGAGAAGCAGCUAGAAAGGCAAUUGAAGAAGCACCUCCAGUAAUCAAAGAGACUCCUGUAUUGGUUGAAGAUACUGAAAAGAUUAAUUCUCUCACAACUGAAGUUGAACAACUUAAGGCUUUGCUGCAAGCUCAAAGGCAAGCCACAGAGACUGCAAAGAAAGAACAUGCUGAAGCUGAACGGAGAAAUGAAGAACUGAUGAAGAAAUUUGAAGGCGCAGAGAAAAAGAUUGAGCAACUUCAGGACACUGCCCAGAGGCUGGAAGAGAAAGCAACUAACAUGGAGUCUGAGAACAAAGUGCUCCGUCAACAGGCUGUUGCAAUUUCUCCUACUGCAAAAUCAUUAGCUGCAUAUCCUAAAUCUCCUUUCCAACUGAGAACUCCGGAGAACGUGAAUGCUCCAAAUGGGGAGGUGAAAUCAUCGCCAGAUGUAACCCCCAUCUCACUGAAUUCCAAAGAGCUUGAGGCUGAGGAGAAACCUCAAAAAUCACUUAACGAGAAGCAGCAGGAAAACCAAGACUUGCUAAUCAAGUGUGUAUCACAAGAUCUGGGAUUCUCCAGUGGUAGGGCUAUUGCAGCUUGUGUUAUAUACAGAUGCCUUCUACAUUGGCGAUCAUUUGAAGUUGAAAGAACUGGUGUUUUCGACCGUAUUAUUCAAACAAUCGGUACUGCUAUAGAGGCCCAGGACAAUAACGACAAGUUAGCAUAUUGGCUCUCUAAUUCAUCCACAUUACUCCUACUACUACAACGAACACUGAAAACAACUGGAGCAGCUGGACUCACUCCUCAGAGGCGAAGGUCAUCUGCUGCAUCAUUUGGGAGGGUUUUCUCGGGAAUUCGAGCUUCACCACAAAGUGCCCCGCGUGCUUUUCUUGGUAGCCGCUUGAUUGGAGGACUAGGUGAUCUUCGUCAAGUUGAAGCUAAGUAUCCUGCUCUGCUUUUCAAGCAGCAGCUAACAGCCUUCCUUGAGAAAAUCUACGGAAUGAUUAGAGACAAUCUGAAGAAAGAGAUAUCUCCAUUGCUUGGUCUUUGCAUCCAGGCACCAAGAACAUCUCGCGCAAGUCUAAUAAAAGGAUCUCGUUCACAAGCAAAUGCCUUGGCACAACAAACUUUAAUCGCCCAUUGGCAGAGUAUUGUGAAAAUAUUAACAAACUACCUGAAUGUUUUGAAAGCCAACUAUGUCCCUUCAUUCUUAAUCAGCAAGGUGUUCACUCAAAUCUUUUCAUUUAUUAACGUUCAGUUGUUCAAUAGUCUGCUCCUCCGACGAGAGUGCUGUUCAUUUAGCAAUGGGGAGUAUGUCAAAGCUGGAUUGGCCGAGUUGGAGCAAUGGUGCAUUUACGCGACUGAAGAGUAUGCAGGUUCUUCCUGGGAAGAAUUGAAGCAUAUUAGGCAGGCUGUUGGAUUCCUUGUAAUUCAUCAAAAGCCAAAGAAAACGUUGAAAGAAAUCACCAACGAUUUGUGUCCUGUCCUUAGCAUACAACAGCUUUAUCGAAUUAGUACAAUGUAUUGGGAUGACAAAUAUGGCACCCACACAGUUUCCUCAGAGGUCAUCUCAAGUAUGAGAAUAAUGAUGACAGAAGACUCAAACAAUGCAGUGAGCAGUUCUUUCCUGUUGGAUGAUGAUUCAAGCAUUCCAUUUUCGGUGGAUGACAUCUCAAAGUCAAUGACAGAAAUUGAGAUAACGGACGUUGAUAUGCCACCUUUGAUCCGGGAGAAUUCUGGCUUUACCUUCCUACACCAAAGAAAGGACUCUCACACGCUGGUAACUGGUAACCAAGCUAAGCUUUGCUUAAUCCCCUGUUUAGUGAUUUCCUACCUACCCGUGGAAUUCUUCUUCGUCAACCUUGCAUUGAUCCCCGAGAUCUCACACGCAAGUAUAGUACGGAGUAUCAAUUAUCUGCCUGCAAAGAAGAAGAUCAUGGACGGAGAUCGGAGGAGGAAGUUCGCCGCGAUCACCGGGCCCGCGGCGCGCGCGCAGGACAGCCCGUCACGGCGCCUGAUCGCCUGGCUGCAACUCCUCUUCAAGGCGUUCGUCCAGAGGUACAGCUGGUUGGCGAGGUGGGACGCGGCGGGGCGCCCCGCGUUCCUGCUCCUCCUGGCCUUCCUGGCCCAGCGGAACCUGCGCCGCUCCUACCUGUCAUGGAGCAAGGCGCGGCUGCAGCUGCGGGCCGCCGCCGCCGUCACCCUACAGGCGGCGUUCCGGGCCAUGGCGGCUCGCCGCGAGCUCGAGCUCCGGAGGCGGGCCAGAGCAGCUGUGUGCAUCCAGGCGCGAUGGCGCGCGCACAGGGCGCUGUGGAGCUAUCUGGCGAUGAAGAGGGCCUCCCUGACCUGCCAAUGCGCUUGGAGGCAGAGCAUGGCCAGGAGGCAGCUCGGCAAGCUCAGACUGGCCAAUCUUGAGAGGGAGAGGUUUAAUGAGCUCUGCAGGCUGCAUGAGAUGGUGGAUGUGCUGCAGCAGGCGGUGGAGGACGCGGAGGUGAGGGUGAUCGCCGAGCGUGAGGCGGCGUUGAAGGCGAUCGCAGAAGCGCCUCCGGUGAUCAAGGAGAAAGUGGUGUUGGUGGAGGACACCGAGAAGGUUAACUCAUCCAAGGCCGAAGUUGAACGCCUGAAGGGUUUGCUGGGGGCAGAAAUGCAGGCGACGUUUGAUGCGAAGAAAGCUCUGUCUAAGGCUGAAUUGAGGAACGAAAAACUGGCUAGGUUGCUUGGAGUUCAGGAGAUUAAGAACAAAACGCUGCAGGACUCCCUGAAAAGGAUGGAGGAGAAAGCUUCUGACCUCGAUGCAGAAAACAAGAUGCUUCGACAGGCUGUGGCGUCAAUCCCUGCUAUCAAGUCACCAUCUAGUGAAAUCCAAAAAGAACCUGAUCUUCAGGCAUCCCCAGAGAAUGGGAAAAUCGCAAAUGGUGCGGUGAAGCCCAUGAUAGUGGACAGGGAAGAGGAUUUUCAUCAUGAUAACGCUGACGAACCACCUAGCUCAAAUGAUGCUGAUGCCGAGAAGCAGCAGCAGGAGCUGUUGAUCAAGUGUAUAUCUGAAGAUCUUGGAUUCUCAACUGGAAGGCCUGUCGCUGCGUACCUCAUCUACCGUUGCCUGGUCCACUGGAGAUCAUUUGAAGAGGACAGGACCACAGUUUUUGACCGCCUUAUUCAGAAGAUAAGUGCUGCAAUUGAGGCACGAGACAGCGAUGAAACAUUGGCAUAUUGGUUAUCCAAUUCAUGCACACUGCUACUGCUGCUCCAAAGGACACUGAAAAACAAUGGGGCAGCUGCUUUGGCUCGCCAGAGGAGACGAUCAUCGGCUCUCAAGUCUCCCCGGUGCCAAGUUGAAACAUUCCAGGAAAACCAAGCUCCUGGUCAUCCUGAGCGUUCAGUUCCUGAUGGACGGUUGGUCGGUGGACUAGCUGACAUUUGCCAGGUUGAAGCCAAGUAUCCAGCUCUUGCUUUCAAGCAGCAGCUCAUGGCAUUGCUAGAGAAGGUCUAUGGUGUGAUCAGGCACAACCUGAAGAAGGAACUGUCGCCUCUGCUUGGCAUGUGUAUUCAGGCACCAAGAACAUUUGUUGUCAGCCCCAGAGGGUCAGGAUCUCAAGGAGCAGACAUGGCACAACAAGCCUCCAUGGCACAUUGGCAGAGCAUCAUCAAAAUCCUGACGAAUUAUCUCAAUGUCUUGAAAUCAAAUUAUGUGCCUCCGUUCCUAAUCUGCAAGUUGUUCACCCAAGUAUUUUCAUUCAUCAAUGUGCAACUAUUUAACAGUCUCCUGCUACGGCGUGAAUGUUGUUCGUUCAGUAACGGGGAGUAUGUUAAAGCCGGGCUGGAUGAGCUAGAGCAUUGGUGCCAUUGGCUAACCGAAGAGUAUGCAGGUUCUUCCUGGGAUGAACUGAAACAUAUUCGACAGGCGGUCGCGCUUCUGAUACUCGAAGAGAAGCACAACAAAUCUCUCAAAGAGAUCACCGAUGAAUUUUGCCCUGCACUUAGCAUGCAGCAACUGUAUCGGAUCAGCACGAUGUAUUGCGACGACAAGUAUGGAACCCUCGGCAUCCCAUCGGAGGCCGUUGCGAGCAUGCGGGCCAAGAUGAUCGAGGGCUCUACCAGUCCAUCGGUGCAAGAUGACAUCAACUCUUUCCUGCUAGACGAUGAUUUCAGCAUACCGUUCUCUGUCGAUGACAUCGCGAGGCUGAUGGUGCAUGUGGACAUAGCAGAUAUGGAUCUGCCGCCACUGAUGCAGGAGAAGAGCGGCUCCCCGUUUGAACCCUGAAUGGAAGAAACAUGGCUGAUCAACACGCCUUUUCCGUCUUCUUGUGAUGUACAUAGAGAGCAUGAUGAUACAUUCACAGUUUUGAGUUAUGGGGCUUUUUUUCUUGACAGUUUUGAGUUAUGGGGCUUCAUUUGGGUACAUAUAUAGAAUGCUUGAUGGGUCCUUUUCUCCUUUUUGGCUGGUUUAAUUUUUGGAAUUUUGAGUGUUUGCUUGGUUUGCGUGUGCCGCCGACUUGUACAGAAGCGAGCUGUAUGUAACUACAUAUGUAUACAUAGCCAUGAAGGGGGAAAAAGGUCAAAGAGGCCUUUUGGGUUUGAUUUUUCACGAGAUUGAUGCUUGCAAGCCAAGCACACCCUUCUGCA